UUAACGUGGCUAUCCGGUUUUCUUUCCCAUAGGACGGUGAAUAAUUUCCUUAUGACGGGACCGAAGGCGUUCCUCACCUAUGCCGGCAGUGUGCAAGUGGGCGCGCAGAGUGGGAUGGACGAGUGUAAACACCAGUUCGCGUUGGGGAAGUGGAACUGCCCGGAGAACACGCUCCAGUUGUCCACACACAACGGCCUCCGAAGUGCCACGAGGGAGACGUCUUUUGUCCACGCCAUCAGCGCGGCAGGGGUGAUGUACACGCUCACCAAGAACUGCAGUAUGGGAGACUUUGACAACUGCGGCUGUGACGACUCCAGAAUCAGACAGACAGGUGGCAGGGGCUGGAUUUGGGGAGGCUGCAGUGAUAACGUGGCGUUCGGAGAGAAGAUCUCCAAACUGUUCGUGGACGCGCUGGAAGGUGGGCACGACUCCCGGGCAGCAGUCAACCUGCACAACAACGAGGCGGGCAGACUGGCUAUCAAAGCUACCAUGAGGAAAGCAUGCAAGUGCCACGGGGUGUCCGGAAGCUGCAGCAUCCAAACCUGCUGGAUGCAGCUGGCCGACUUCAGAGAGGUGGGCAACUACCUGAAGGUGAAGCACGUGCACGCGAAGAAGCUGGAGAUGGACAAGAAGCCGGCGCGCGCCGGGAACAGCGCGGACAACCGAGGGGGCAUCGCGCACGCGUUCCGGAGCAUCGCCCGCACCGCGCUCAUCUACCUGGAGGACUCGCCGGACUACUGCGUCAAGAACCGGAGCCGCGGGUUCCCCGGCACCGAGGGCCGCGAGUGUCUGAAGGGCAACAAGAGCGUGUCCCAGUGGGAGCGGAAGAGCUGCCGCCGGCUGUGCUACGAGUGCGGCCUGCGGGUCGUGGAGAAGCGCAUGGAGGUGGUCAGCAGCUGCAACUGCAAGUUCCACUGGUGCUGCACGGUGCGCUGCGACCGGUGCGUGCACGUCGUCACCAAAUAUUACUGCGCGCGUAAAGGCGGCGGGAGGAAACCACACAAUAAAACCAAGCGGCGGCACCGUGCGCGCGGGCACUGAUGGGCCACGUGUGGAUUAUAUAUAUAUAUACACACACACACACACACAUAUAUAUAUAUCCUUCCCUUUUCAUGGGCAUCAUUCUGUAUAGGAGAAUGUUGUUUUCAUCUCGCCGCCUGGAGCCUUUUUAAUGCACUUGAUCUUAUUGAUUUGAUAAUGUAAAUAACUCUUCACGCAUGCUCACUGACUUCUAUGAAGUCUGGAACGUAUAUAAUAUUGUACAUGUAUUUUUAUUAAUUAAAAUGUGACCAAAUAAAUAUGUUUUAAUCUACCAGAC